AUGUGUUACUCCUGCAACACCAAAGGAUAUUUCUCUAGCCGAUGCAAAGACGGCAGAGGUCCAGUGGUAGAGAGGCGCACCGACGAACUUGAGAUGGCGAGGCCUGCGGCGCACUAUGGGCCCGGAAUACCUGCUCGGCAAGUCUCACGUCUUCCUAGCCACCUGGAGGCUCGAGCAUCCUCCUCAAGCCGCUCUGAUGGAGGUUCUAGUCGGGCAGUCUCCAGGAACGGUGUACCAAGUCAGGCCAUCUCUAGCCAGGCCACCUCCAGUCGGCCUAUAUCCAGCCGUGCUAGCUCCAAUCAGGCUGGUUCCAGUCACGCCAACACCAGGCCACAGGCAGAAACGAAUCUUCGAUACGAACCAUCAGUUAUGUCCGCUGACUCGCAAGAAUUGCUUACCAAUGGCUUGAUGUCUUUCAGAUUCGAGAUCAGAGACAUGGGUGAACGUAUCGAACACCUGAUCUCUCUCAGGAAGCGCCUCUCCCACAGGCAGAAGAAGAUCGAUGAAGCGGAGUAUAGGCAGGCACUAAACUCACCGUCAAUGAUUGUACUUUAUGAGGUGUACAAACAGUCGGUUGAUUAUACAAGCCAGUGCAAGAACGCCUAUGACCAGGAAAUGAGGCGGCAUAACAAUAAGUUCCUCUAUGCAUCCCAAGAAGAACAAAUGGAGAUAUUUGCGUUGCAAGAACAAUGGUUGAGAGCGACAAUUAAUACUGCCGAGCAGCGAUUGCACUAUCUAGAGCAGUAUCCGUAUGCCUACCAAAACAAACAGUCAAUCAGGGGUCACAUCCGUGCAGCAGAAGGUUCGAUGAACGCGGCCCGGACUGCCCUGGAGGAAGUGGACAUGAACAAGAGGGUUUUGUUUGCGAAAAUGAGCAGGGAAGGCCCGUGGGUUUGA